ACCAAGAAAAUGCUCAAUUUAAAGCCAAAGACCAAGAAAUGGAAACCUGCUAUGCAAAUGCAAUCGCGGCAGUUUUUUACUUGGCAAUGCAUCGCAUUGUUGGUCGAAAAGGUGGUCAUCCUGACUUUUGUGACAUACGUGAACGCAUAGUUGAUGAAUAUGGGUAUGAGGGUGCCUAUACCAAUAAGGUACUCCAGAAUGUUAGUGGCGAAUAUCGCUUGCACUACGUUGAAGUAGAUGGAAAUGGUGCACGACAGGCCCUCAAUGAAAGGCGUCCGGUUGUUGCUAGGUUUAUCUGGUACGAAGAAGAGGUGGAAAGAUAUAAAAAAUUUUUCAGGAAAAACCCCAAAGGGACCCUCAGAAAGGAUGACCUUAGAGGGGUAACUGGAAACAAAGCAAGUGGCCAUGCUGUGGUUAUGACGAGAAUUUCUCCAAGAGGUAUAACAUUUAUGAACUCUUGGGGCGAAAAAUUUGCAAAUGGGGGCUUUUUUAGCGUGGAAAAUGAGAAUGUCCUACGUGGGAUGAAAUUCUACGAUGUUUACUGGUUAUAAACCGAACUAAAACAAAGCGAGAAAGAAGCAUACGAAGGAGAAUGCAGCAAAAAGUGUGGAAAACUUGCUCAAGCAUUUCCCAGUAUUAUUGAUCUUCCUUUCGUUUGUCCUGAAUGCAAUCAUGAGUCCCUAAUUAGGGAGUUUUCUGGUCAUGCCCUCAAAGCUCAGUGUCCCAAUCCCAAAUGUUCUCAUUCGUUCAAACCUACUAACAAACAACUGAUAAAAAGUUUGUACAUUCAGGCCCACAAACCUGUCAAACAGAAUUGAGACGUUAUAGUGUGAUAUUCUAAAAAGUAGUCACUUUGUAAGAAGAGAAUUAAUAUGUAGCUAUUCAAAUUAAUAGUGAUUAUUGAAUCAGUUCUGGAUGUUCUGCACCCCUGUAGACUUAAAUUCACGUGGGAAAUGCUUUGGGGUAACAGAUCCUCUCUUACCAAAGGGGCCAAGACUAAAAGAAUGUCGUGGGUUUAAAAUUCCACCUAGGUUUUAGAGAGCUUCUUUGAUUGCUUUGUCGCUCCUUGUGGUUGACAUUAUAGGCAGAGCUUCCAAAAUUUUCACAUGCAUGGAAUGUAUGUAUGCAUGUAAGCAUGCAUGCUUGCAUGCAUAUACUUAUUUUGAGUUGGGCUUCAUUGGUGGUUUAGUUACCCAGGUCUGCUCCUACAUAAUAUAUACCGAGUGAGAGUAUACUGUGUUGUAGCACAGCUGUUGAGGUUUGUCUUUGCCUUGUAUGUGUUGUAGAUUUGAGCUCCUGCCUGCUGAGCUGCCCUGGUAGCUCAGGGGGUAAGAGCGCUCUGCCUAGAUAGAGGAGUGUCGUGGGUUCGAAUACCACCCAGGGCAGCUCUUUGUUUUUCCUUGGAAAAAAGUUGUUCUGGAUGUAAUUGAAUUGUUUUCCUUUGCCUUGCUGCCUCGUUGAUGCUUGCAUGGGCUGGGUUGCUCAAAUCAGCUAUGGAAUGAAGUUGCUGGUAAACUACAAUAGGGAGAGCUGAGAUCGUUAAACAUUUCCUUGUGGGUUGGAGUGUGCUGGAAUAUGAUGUAAAGGGCUUCUGGCAUAAAUUGCAACACGAGAAAUUGCGCACAAAGUGCUAGUGUACGUAUGAACAUACAGAGAAAGAAUGGUGUAGAAAAGAAAGAAGGAAAGAAACAUUCAACUCGUGUCCAUCUUUGACAUAAUUCACAGAGCUACAUAACUGUCUCGCAGGAGAACAUUUGCCACUUGGAAGCUUGUGAUGUCUUAGUUGCUCCACAAGAAUGCUUCAAUAUGCACAUAAAGUAUUUUAGAUUGUCACCACAUCAAGGAAAGAAAACGAUGGCUGCGUUUUUAAAAUUCCGAAAUUUCUCCUGAUCCCUUCAAUUUCCACUCAGUCAUUUUACAGUGGCAUGCCAGGAACUGGGGCUCUAAUAAGUAAGACAUGUCACCCCUGCACACAUCCAGAUAUGAAGAGUGGAAGACACACCUGCUACAAGGACAUGUAUAUAACUGCUGCUGUCAGGCGUUCUCGCGUUCUCUUAUACAUUUUGACUUGGUCUCACACCCAAGAUAUGGUUACCAUUAAUAGUUAAGCAAAGGUCUGUUUCAGUUUCACUUUAUAUAUAUGUGACCGUGCACGCAAAAACCAACCUUACGCCACAUUUUUGUGAAAUAGCUUUUUUGGUUUCGUUGUAAAGCUUGAAAUGUGCUUGAUACAGCGCUUAUUUUUGUAUAUAUUUCGGGGAAAACCCUUUAAAAGUUACGAUUUUUCAAACGCGGGCCACGCGGGGUUAUACAAAACCCGAAAUAGUCGAAAGAAAUUUUUCGGUAUUUUUGUCCGCGUACGAAUAUGACGUCACGUUACAGGAUUUUUCCCGAGAAAUUUCAGCUUCCCUGGAAUCUUGUGCUGGUUUCAUAACUAUCACAAGGAAAUCUGAUUUAGUUGCAUUUGGGUGGGUUCUUUGGUUCACCUUUGCAUUUCAGUUGCCAUAGACUACGUAUUUUUUUACCACUUGUAGUUACUCAUUUUCCCUAAGAAAGGGACUGCAUCAUACUAAGAAAGAUACUGCAUCCUACACUCUAUAUAGCAUAGUGUGUAUGGUUGACUGACAGUGAAUUUACUUAUGUGGUGUCUACUGUGGGUUUCAAACUAUAGCUACUCAUUAAUAUCUGUACUACUACACUGCAAGCAACCAUUAAAAAAACGUCAGCAGGCACAUAAUUGGUUGAGGUAAGCAGGGCUAAACACAGCUGUUUUACUGUUUCUUAAUAAAACCAAGCCAAUGUAGCGAUGGACCUGUUGCCAAAGCUUUGUUUCUUGUGGCAGAAAACAUAUUUUUGAACUGUAGCUGCGCAUGUAAGUUAAAGGGUGGAGAUGACACACAGACACCCACAGCAAUCUGGUAUCUUGAUGUAUGUGGAGGGUGUAGUGUCUGGGGAGAUCAAGGUCAGUUAGGUUAGCAUUGUCAACAUUGUUAGUCUGGAGACACUAGGAUGCCACUAUAAUAAUACAUUUUCAGUUCAUAGACCACAGUUACUCUUGGCUAAUGGUGGACAUUACCAAGCUACCAAUCCCAGGCUAUGGGUAAUGAGUGAGACAUUUUACGUUGUUUAUGGAGGGCAUCCAGUAAAUAAUCCUACAGGCUAUGGAUAACAUAAAUAGUACUAAGAAACUGAAGCAUAGAAGUGCGUAAUUCCCACAGGAGAACUCUUCUAUGUAGAGGGUAGUGUGUGCUGGAGCAGCUGGGCAGGUCAAGGUUGGCUUACCCUAGCAUUCCCAACAUUGGUAUAGUCUGGAGCCACUAGGCUACCCUACAUUAUCAGUCCAUGACCAUAGUUAUUCUUGACUGAACUUUCCCACUGGAAUGAGUGGCCUUGUGUAAACACUGGGAGACUUUCUGUGUAUACAGCAGUGGUAUUCUAAUAGCUACCCACACCAAGGCACUCUAUAGCAUGUUAUGGGCACAGAACAUGUGCCUAGGCACAUAUAAUAUACACACUCCUUUAGUGUGCAUGAUAAUAAUAAUUAUGUCAUCACCUCAGUGUACAUAGGCUAGGCCUUCUUCUUUUCAGCACUUGAUAUUGUAUAUACGUUUGUGUGAGAAUCCAUGAAAUUUUACUCUUCACUAUACUCGGUAUUAACUUUUGAGAAAAAAAGAUAGCUCUGCAUAACAAGAUACAGUUUAUUGCAGAUUGCUUCUAAUCUUGGAGGCGAGUCCUUUCAGUCCAAUAUCUUCCAGGACAGUGACUAGAGUAUCCCAGGUACAUGGAGAUCUCCCUAUUCCUUGCAGCCACUUCAUGGCUAUUUCUGUGUUUAUGGCCUCAAUAUCAUCCCUGCAUCUGGUAAUGAUAAUAUCGGUCUCUUCUCCUGUGUCAUCUUCAAGGAGCAUGAUGCCAAACUGACGAUAUUUAGAUCGGAUCCUCUUCAUGAUGUUCACGUGUUCUUCGCCAUCCACUGGAAACCUCAGGAGAAGAGGCAGUUUUGGAGUAUCGGAUCCCAGGGGGCCUGAAGGAGUUGAACCUGUGACUGGAGGCUUUGUGCUCCCACCGUCCAAUAGCUCUGCUGUAUUUGGAAUAAAACUCAGUGCCAGGGGUUUUCUUUAAAAAACUC